GCAUCGCUCAGAGAUGCACUUCUAUCAAAUACCACUCUUCCCAGCCAGUACACUUGCACAAUGUCCCCUUCAACCUGAUGGAGACGAUCAACCAAGACGGAUGGCAUCUGCUCCAUGAGUACUUGAGAAAGAUCAUGGCCGGAUUCCUGGGCAUGGCUGCAGGAGUUCUUCUCUGCAGGCGCAGCAUGGCAGCAGUCAGCUUCUUUUGGGAGGAAAGCCUCACCCAGCACGUUGCAGGUCUGCUUAUUUCAUUGACAGAAACACUUUGCACUAUAUCUUUGCGCAUUUAUGCAGCCAGCACAUCAUAUGACCUAAACCACCUCCCUACCUUCAUCUAUAAUCUUCCUGAUGAUGUAGAACAUGGAUCUGUGAACAGCUGCUCUGUAUUUUGUGCUUAGCACAGUCUGGGAUUUACAGGAGCAGCUGGGUGUCUUUGCACAGCUUACCUGUUUGUUAGCAGAGGCAAAAUGACGCAGCUGAAGUCCACUGAAGACUCCUCCGUAUGA